CACCCCUCCAGCCUAGAAACCAAGCAGAUCCUGGGAUCUACUGCGAGGCAACACAAACGGAGAGGUGCAUCCCACGCCGCUUUUUCCCCGUGGGAGCAAACAGGAUUGUGGUCAAUCUGGGAGUUGAUGUUCUCCAACAAGCAAAGCUAGAGAAACCAUGUGCAAUCGAUCAAAUGAAAGAAUAUCAGUCACCAAGCUUUUCCAUCAAUCUUUUAGCUUGAUAAUAACCAUCUGCACAAAUAUCCAACCGUCUGUGGAAAACAGUUUGACAACAAAUUAUUCCAAUCGAUUUCUAGCUACUGUUUCUAAAAAUGUGCCAACUCUGACAACUGUAUUGGAUUUGUCACACAACAGUAUCUCUGAAAUUCAGAUGUCUGACUUCAGAUCUCUUUCCAAGCUGCGGACCCUUAUUCUGUCUCAUAACCUCAUCAGACAGCUUGACUUCAGUAUUUUCCAAUACAAUAAAGACUUGGAACAUUUAGAUCUGUCCCACAACAUUUUGCAAACUGUUUCUUGCUAUGCGAUCAUAAGUCUCAGAUAUCUAGACCUCUCUUACAAUAACUAUUCCAUCAUACCACCAUGCUCUGAGUUUGGUACAAUGCUGAAUCUGAAACAUCUUGGUUUCAGUGUGAAAAAAAUACAGAAGUCAAGUUUUAGGUCUCUUGCUCAUUUACAACUCAAUAGUCUGUUCUUGGACUUAGAAGGCCUCUCUCAAUAUGAUGUUGGAGUUCUUCCAAUUUUCAACACAAAGAAGCUUCAUAUUAUAAGUCCUUCAAACCGUGAUUUCCAUGUGCUGUCAGAUCUCAGAAUCAAUGCCACAGAAAGCUUGUAUUUGUCCAAUAUCCGAGAGAAACAAAUCAACGACUUGAAUACUUUUUUAGUGAAUCUUAAGAAUGCAACUUUACUAAACCUAACAUUGAAUAACAUGCAGUGCGAAUGGACAGACUUGAUCUACAUUCUGCAGACUGUAUGGGAAUCCUCCAUUGAACAUUUUGUUUUCUCUAAUGGAGGACAGCUGGAAGUUCCAAACGCAGUACGUUUCAAUCACACGAAUACAUCAAUCAAAUCUUUGACAAUUAAGCAGACUAUAUUCACAACUAUUCAUUCUGAACCAACAAGUAUGUAUAGAUUGUUUGCAGAUAUGAACAUUACAGUCUUGACCAUUUCUGAUGCAGGUUUGAUACACAUGCUUUGCCCUUUCCGAUACAGUCAUUUGAAACACUUAAGUUUUUCAAACAAUAGCUUAACGGAUACUGUUUUUGAAAACUGCAACAACCUUGCCCUUCUUGAAAGCUUCAUUCUUCAAAGGAAUAAGUUUAAAAAUCUUUUCAGAGUGAGUUUAAUGACCAGUACCAUGAAAUCCCUGAAAUAUUUGGACAUGAGUAAGAAUUUGCUACAGUACAAAUACGAUAGGAAUAAAUGCCACUGGGGAGAAAACCUAGUUAUACUCAACCUGGCAUCUAAUAUGUUGUCAGAGUCUGUCUUUCGAUGCUUGCCACCCAAUAUUCAAAUCCUUGAUCUUCAGAGUAACAACAUCUUAACCAUUCCCAAAGAUACAAUGAAACUGAGGUCUUUAGAAGAAAUUAAUUUGGCAUCAAAUAAGCUCGCUGAUCUGCCUGGAUGUCUUCCAUUUGAAAGCUUGAGAGUACUAAACGUAGAAAUGAACUCAAUUGUUUCACCAUCUUCUGAGUUCUACCAUUCCUGUCAGAGCACCAAAGAGCUAAGAGCCGGACAAAAUCCAUUCAGAUGCUCCUGUGAAUUAAGAGAGUUCAUUAAUCUUGAAGGACAAGGACUUAUGAAGCUGGUUGGCUGGCCUGGUUCCUAUAUGUGCUGGUACCCUGAACAUUUAAGGGGAACUAAAUUAGAAGAUUUCCAUGUUUCUGAAAUCUUUUGCAACACGACACUUCUGAUUACAGUUAUUGCCAUUGCUACUAUUGUUGGAGCUGCCAUUAUGUUUUUUCUGUGUUUCUAUUUUCAUAUCCCGUGGUAUUUGAAGAUGAUAUGGCAAUGGACUCGAGUUAAACACAGGAACUGGAAGAAUCAGCCUGAGGUUCCUCCUAACAGCUUACAGUUCCAUGCCUUUGUUUCCUAUAGCGAGCAUGACUCUGACUGGGUCAAAACUGUCCUGAUUCCAAACCUAGAGAAGGAAGAUGGCUCCAUCCGCAUCUGCCAACAUGAAAGGAACUUUGUGGCAGGGAAGAGCAUUGUCGAGAACAUUAUAGACUGCAUCGAGAAAAGUUACAAGUCAAUCUUUGUCCUGUCUCCUAACUUUGUGCAGAGCGAAUGGUGCCAUUAUGAGCUCUACUUUGCCCAUCAUAAGUUGUUCAGUGAAGAUGUUUAUGGCUUAAUCCUUGUUUUGUUAGAGCCAAUCCCUUCCUAUAUCAUUCCUGCCAGGUAUCACAAACUGAAGGCCUUGAUGGCCAAGAGAACGUACUUGGAGUGGCCAAAGGAGAAGAGCAAGCAUGGACUUUUCUGGGCGAACCUUAGGGCAGCUAUUCAGAUUAAGCUUCCUAACAAUGAGGAAAUGAAGGAGUUGUAGAUAAGUUAGGUUUUGUUAUCUGAUUUACUGUGUGAAAUAAUGUUAAUGUGUCUUUUAAAAAAACAAUAAUAAUUGAUCAGGUUUGUUGGUCAAUUUGCCAAACCUACUGCAUUCUUCCCUACGAGCCCAAGCAGUCCUUAAGAUCUUCCGGGGAUGCUCUUCUCCCGCUUCUGCCCCCGUCUCAGGUGCAGUUGGUGGGGACAAGGGAAGAGCAUUCUUGGUGGUGGCCCCUCAUCUAUGGAACUCCCUCCCCAGGGAGAUCAGACAGACUCCCACCUUGUCCUCCUUUCAGAGUCAACUAAAAACCUGGAUGUUUCGGUGCGCUUUUGACUAAGCAGCUCAUGAGUAACUUUCUUGUGCCUACUUGAAGUUCCGCACUUUACACCGGACCGCAUUUUACACUGGCAUACGUCCUACUUCAACGUGUGCUUGACAGUAUUUCCUGCCCAGUUUCUUUGUAUUGUUGCAUUUUCCUGUACUCCUGUAAAAAUGUAUUGCAUUCAUUGAAUUUGUACCUCAGCUAUGUUUCUUUCAGCCUUUUGUUUUUAUAUUGCUUUCAAUUGUGUUGUCAUUUGUUUUACCUGAUGUUUUAAUUGGUUAAAGUAUUUUACACGCGUGUUUUAAUUGUAAUCUUGGGCAUGUCCCUUGUAAGCCGCCCCCAGUCCCCUAGGGGAGAUGGUUGGCGGGGUAUAAAAAUAAAGUUAUUAUAAUAUCAUUAUUGUGGGAGUCCUGUGCUCUUAAUCCCAGUUAAAGUAUUAUACUCUCUUGAUUGUGGAACACCAAUGAAGGUUUCUCCAGCAGACUUCAAUCAUCAGAAUAUCAAAUAUAGAGAGGGGGGAGAGGUCUCCUUCAAGCACCAAGGCAUUACGUGUUAUCAUCUUCAUAUGGAUUAAGUGCACUGCAUUCUGUGGAGACCUAUGCCAAAGAGAAGAAAAGAUUUAAGA